AUGCCCCGGAGACGACAGCAGAGACCUAUGCCAGGGAGCGGCUCAGAUGGGACAGAAGAUUCUGACUCCUCUGCUGAACGGGAGCAGACCAACAGCUCAGAGAGUGAUGGAAAUCAAGCCAAGAGACAGCGGCUCACUCGAGCCUCCACUCGCCUCAGCCAGAGCUCUCAGGAUACCCCAGACUUGAAGCGCGCUGCUGACCACGACGAGUCCCCUCCGCUGACACCCACAGGAAACGCCCCCUCCUCUGAGUCCGAGCUGGACAUUUCCAGUCCCAAUGCUUCUCAUGAUGAGAGCCAGGCCAAAGACCAGACCUGCAGAGACUCCGAUAAGGACCUUUCCCAUCGACCCAAGCGCCGCCGCUGUCACGAGACGUACAACUUCAACAUGAAGUGCCCCACUCCAGGCUGCAAUUCACUCGGCCAUCUUACAGGGAAGCACGAGCGUCAUUUUGCUGUAUCAGGUUGCCCUCUUUACCACAAUCUCUCCGCUGAUGAAUGUAAGGUUAAAGCCAUCACCCGCGACAAACAAGAAGAGGAAAUGAAAGUACAGGAAGAAAGCAAUUCUCGACAUGCGACUCGCCAUCAGACCCCAACCACCAAACAGAGCCGCUACAGGGAGCAUGUGAAUGAGCUGAGGAAAGGACGAAACUCUGGUCUACAAAAGGAGCAAAAAGAAAAGCAUUUGGAGCAUCGGCAGACUCAUGGCAACACCAGGGAACCCCUUUUGGAAAACAUCACCAGUGAAUAUGACCUAGAGCUGUUCAGGAAGGCCCAAGCUCGAGCGUCAGAAGACCUGGAGAAGCUGCGUAUCCAGGGCCAGAUCACAGAGGGCAGCAACAUGAUAAAGACCAUCUUGUUCGGCCGAUACGAGCUGGACACAUGGUACCACUCGCCUUAUCCGGAGGAGUACGCUCGCCUGGGCCGCCUCUACGUGUGCGAGUUCUGCCUGAAGUACAUGAAGAGCCAGACCAUUCUGAGGAGGCACAUGGCCAAGUGCGUGUGGAAGCAUCCUCCGGGCGAUGAGGUUUACCGGAAAAGUGCAAUAUCAGUGUUUGAAGUCGAUGGGAAAAAGAACAAGAUCUACUGCCAGAACCUGUGCCUACUCGCCAAACUCUUCCUCGACCACAAAACGCUGUACUAUGACGUGGAGCCGUUUCUCUUUUAUGUGAUGACAGACGCUGACAACACCGGCUGUCAUUUAGUGGGCUAUUUCUCAAAGGAAAAGAACUCCUUCCUCAAUUACAACGUGUCUUGUAUUCUCACAAUGCCACAGUACAUGAGGCAAGGCUUUGGAAAGAUGCUCAUUGAUUUCAGCUAUCUUCUGUCUAAAGUGGAAGAGAAGGUGGGCUCUCCGGAGAGGCCGCUGUCUGACCUGGGCCUCAUCAGCUACAGAAGUUACUGGAAAGAGGUUCUCCUGAGAUACAUGUGUAACUUUCAAGGGAAGGAGAUCUCCAUCAAAGAAAUCAGUCAGGAAACGGCGGUGAAUCCCGUGGACAUCGUGAGCACGCUGCAGUCGCUCCAAAUGCUCAAGUACUGGAAAGGAAAGCACCUGGUCCUAAAGCGGCAGGACCUCAUCGACGAGUGGAAAGCUAAAGAGAUCAAGAGAGGGAACAGCAACAAGACCAUCGACCCCGGCUCGCUCAAAUGGACCCCCCCUAAAGGCACAUAA